AUGGCGCAUCUGCUGUGUCCUGAGCCGCUGUCACCCGCACAACUCAAGCGGCUGGAGGAGCACAAGUACAGCGCCUCCGGUCGCUCCCUGUUCGAGCCGCCGUGCCAGAUCUACUGGAACUGGCUAGUGCAACAGAUCCCGACAUGGGUCGCCCCCAAUACUUUGACUAUUGUGGGACUCCUGGUCAAUAUCGUGUCUACUCUGGUGCUGGUGUAUUUUUGUCCCACUGCUACAGAAGAGGCUCCUGCCUGGGCUUUUGUCCUGAGUGCCCUGGGCCUCUUCAUUUACCAGUCUCUGGAUGCGAUAGACGGGAAACAAGCCCGAAGAACCAACAGCAGCUCAGCUCUCGGCGAGCUCUUUGACCACGGAUGUGAUGCUGUUUCCACAGUCUUUGUUGCAGUUGGAACAUGUAUUUCAUGUGGAAUUGGGGGCUUCUCAAACUGGAUGUUCUUUUGUGGUUUCAUUGGGAUGUUUAUGUUUUUCUGUGCACACUGGCAGACUUAUGUUUCGGGGACUCUUCGAUUUGGCCUGGUUGAUGUGACAGAAGUGCAGUUUGCUAUUAUCACCAUGUAUUUGAUGUCUGCUUUUGGAGGCGUGAGCUUGUGGCAAACAACGUUACCUGUUAUAGGACUGAAGUUCUAUACCUUUCCGAUUGUGGGAAUUAUCGGUGGAGCCCUCUACUCGUGUCAUAAUUAUUUUAAUGUAAUUCUGAACGGUGGUGUUGGUAAAAACGGCUCGACAGUUGCUGACACUAGUGUGUUGAGUCCUGGUAUGCACAUUGGCCUCAUUCUCACUCUCGCCUUCAUUAUUUUUAAAAAGUCAUCCAGCCAGCUCUUUGAGCAUCACCCCUGCUUGUACCUUCUCACAUUUGGCAUGGUCAUCGCCAAAAUUUCAAAUAAGCUUGUGAUUGCACACAUGACAAAAAGUGAAUUAUAUCUGCCAGACACGGCCUUUAUAGGACCAGGAGUACUUUUUCUAAACCAGUAUUUCAACAGUUUCAUUGACGAAUAUAUUGUUCUCUGGAUAGCCAUGGUUUUGUCUCUUCUCGAUCUGGUCCGUUAUUGCACAGGGGUCUGCCUCCAGAUAGCGGCACAUUUACGCAUCCAGGUUUUCAGCAUCACGUCUCAGACCCAUCGUGACUGA